AUGUACUCAUGUAAGUUCCUAUUAUUUCAUCACAACCUGUUGACGGACAAAGUUGACGGUCGGUUACACGACUUUCCGGCGGUGCGAACGAACGCUGAUGGCUUGUUACGCACGUCGGCAUUCGCGACGCAGCAUCGCCGCGGGGUUAAGAAACUGCUCCUCAUCUUUUGGAGGCCGUUGGUUUUUGGUGAACGUGCCCCCCCGGCCUUAGAGGAAGUGAGCCAAAGCCGCUCCGUGCGGGCGAGCUGCAAACAUGCUAGCCCGAACGUUACCGAAAAUGAGACGCACCGCGCGAUCGGAUCACGUUCGCAGAACCGGGCGACUGCAGCUGCUGAUUCUAUUGCUCUUUCCACCUUCUCCAUGGAGAGUGGAUGGCGAUUAUCAGUAUCUUUCGACACAACACACUCCCUAGCAAGUACGCGAGUACUUGUGGACGGAUUUGACUCAACAGCUUAUUGCAGAAUCUCAUUAAUUUUGAAUUUGUCACCUGGAGCCCUUCUUCCUUUCCAACGUCGUAUCUCCACUGCUAAAUUUUUCAAACCAACGCCGCGCAGUGCGCUGGUCAAGGACAUCUUUUCAACUUAA